AAACGACAGACCACAGGGAAAAGGCCAGCCACGUCAGUAGAGGGCACUGAUGGUGGCAGUUUUAUAAGCCCCUCACAAGGUGCAAGGCAGUAUGGGGACGCUGACGUCUCAGGACCCACAUAUUGUUCAGCCUUUGUAGAGGAACAGGGGAGUAGGAUCUUAGUCGAUACUGGAUCCUCAGUUACAAUAAUUUCUGCAAAAUUUUUCGAUAAAAUUGCAGGAAAACCCAAUAUUAGGCCAAUAACAAAGAAAACGACUUAUAAGAUCCAGGGUGUAACAGGGCACUUAGAAGAACCAAAAGGGGAAGUCAAGAAUGUACCACUCAAGUUCAGAAGAAAUGGACCUACCUGGGGAUUAAACGCGUGUAUAAUGAACUCAGCAGCAGCAGACAUCAUUUUAGGAACCAACUUUCUUAAUAGGUAUAAGGCAUUGCUUAACCUACCAGAAAAGAAGCUCACUCUCACCAAUCUGAACGGAAUAAAAGAAGAAAUACCAUUAGUAGAGAAGCAUCAAUUACAUAUCCGACCAGUAAAUGUCAUUGAAGCUAUGGAUACAGAGCAAUCCCAGGAGCUCGAUGCUAUGGAGAUUGAUCCAAAUCCUAAGUGGAAAUGCAUGAAAGGACCCAAAGAGCUCAACUGCAUACCAGUGUAUACACCAGACCAUAUCUUAGAUGAUCCAGAACCAUGUGAAAAAUGUGCUAAAAGACAAGAUGAAUAUCAUCAUUUCCGGAGGAAGAAGUCCUUCUAUGAAAAAUUGAAGUACA